AAUCACACAAACUCAAUAAAACAGAAACUUAAAAUAGAAACAAAAACAAUGAGAUUUUGCAUACUAGUUUUGUUUUCUAUCAUCUCCCUACUAGGAGCCACAGCACAAGAUAUUAGCUCCCUUAUCAGCAGAGAUCUCUUCGAUCAGAUGUUGAAGCACCGGAACGAUGCUAGUUGCCCCGGAAAUGGGUUCUACACUUAUGAUGCUUUUGUAGCUGCUGCCAAGUCUUUUGGGGGUUUUGGAACCACCGGAGAUACUGACACUCGUAAGAGAGAGAUUGCGGCCUUUCUAGCUCAAACUUCGCAUGAAACUACUGGUGGGUGGCCAAGUGCGCCAGAUGGACCAUAUGCAUGGGGGUAUUGCCAUGUACGGGAACAAAACCCUGCUGGGGACUAUUGUAGUCCAAGUCAAGAAUGGCCCUGUGCUCCUGGUAAACAAUACUAUGGUCGUGGUCCAAUCCAAAUUUCACACAACUACAACUACGGUCCAGCAGGGAAAGCUAUAGGGUCUGAUCUGUUGGGCAACCCUGACCUAGUCGCAACUGAUCCAACCAUAUCUUUCAAGACAGCAUUCUGGUUCUGGAUGACACCGCAAUCCCCAAAACCCUCGUGUCACGAUGUCAUCACGGGCAGUUGGACACCAUCUAGUGCGGACACCUCAGCGGGUCGGGUCCCUGGCUACGGUGUGAUUACAAACAUCAUCAAUGGCGGACUUGAAUGUGGCAAAGGCUCUAAUGCACAGGCAGAGGACCGGAUCGGAUUCUAUAAAAGAUACUGUGACUUGUUCGGAGUGGGAUAUGGCAACAAUCUUGAUUGCAAUAACCAACAGCCUUUCGCAUAAUCUUAGAUGUACACAUUUGAUAUAUAUACACAAAUAAAUAUUAAUGAAUAAAAGAAUAAACUCACUCGGAUCAGAAAUAAGUCAUCAUGAGUAUUCUUGUGUCACAAGAUUGUACCAUGUUCUUUGAUAAAUGAAAAAUCUACAGCAUUUGGAAGUGA